UUUUGUGCGUGCACCAUAUAUGAACCUUUAUCAUUUCAAUUUCUAUUUCAGUCUAUGUUCUCUGUCACAAUGGCCCCUAUGACAACGAAUGAGAGACUUUUCAUUUCAUUCCAAUGAUUUAUUAAUCUUGCAAGGAAACAACAGAGAGAGGUGGAAGAUGGAUUAUCAUCAGGACAACCCUGCAGUUUUCUUCACUACCAUCAAGAACACCAAGCAACUGAAAGUCCCAGAGGAGUUUCUGAAGCAUUUGAAUAAAGACUUGUGGAGUAAUUCAGUUCUUAUAGGCCCUUCUGGUGAUAAGUGGCAAGUAACUAUUUUGAAGAAAGGAAAUAACGUGUAUAUGGACAAUGGUUGGUCACAAUUUCUGAAAGACAAUUCAGUGGUGCUUGAUGAGUUCUUGCUUUUUACAUAUCAUGGAGGAAACUGCUUCUAUGUUCAAAUUUUUGGUGGGAAUGGAUUGGAGAGGCUAUGCCGCAAAGAAGCAAGAGAAGAACAAGCUGCUACCCCUCAAUUUUUUGAUCUGCCUUUCAGCAACAAAGCCUCAAUUUCUGAUGGAUGUGAGAUAAAGAAAACAAGACAAGAACAAGCUUCUGCCCCAAGUUUGGCGAGGACAAACAAGAGCAAGCAAAGAAAAACUUUUGUCGGUUCAUCACACCUCCAUGAAUCGAACUCUUACAAAAAAGAUCUGCCUUCCAGCAACAAAGGCACACUUUCUAAAGGAUGUGAGAUAAAGAAAACAAGACAAGAACAAGCUGCCACCCCAAGUUUUUUGAGGCCAAAUAAGAUUAAACAAAGAAAAACUUCUGCCAGAUCAUCAAACCUCAAUGAAUCCAAAUCUUGUCAAGAAGGACAAGAACGAGUUGCCACCCUAAGUUGGGCGAGGACAAAUAAUUAUAACAGUACGCAAAGAAAAACUUCAGCCGGUUCAUCACACCUGCAUGAAUCGAAUUCUUCCAAAGAAGAUCUUCCUUUCAGCAACAAAGCCUCACUUUCUAAGGACUUCCCAAAGCCUCAGAGUUCAAUUAAUAUUGAAUGUUCAGAAGCAUGUAAAUUGGCCGAGUCUUUUACCUCUCGGAAUCCUCAUUGGAAGCACCUUUUGACAAAAUGCAAUUUGGAACGGUGCAUCUUGCUUAUUGCUGCUGAGUUUGCCAGAAAGUACAUUCCUGAAGCACUGGAACAGAUCUAUCUUUGGAAUUCGGAAGGAAAAUCUUGGGAAGUGCGAGUGCAUUAUUUUAGAAAUCGAAAUACAUGGUAUGCUGCGUUUAAGAGAGGAUGGGAAAGAUUCGUUCGUGAUAACAAGCUCAUGAAAGGUGACACUUGCAUUUUUGAAGUUGAAGAAGAACAAGGCCAUUGGAGUGUUCACAUAUUCAGAACCGGAUGUGCACCACAUUAGUUUGAAUCCAGUGUCUAGCUUUAUUUGAUUUAUGUCAUGCUAGUGAUCUCAGUUAGUAUGAAUUAUAUUACAGAAUAGUGUGUAUCCAUAUAGAACCACUCCACUAUUAGCUUUAGCUUGUGCAUUCAACUGCUACAUUUUGGUUCUUAUAUUAUAAGGCCAAAAUAUCAACAAACCUAAGCUUAUUCUACUCUGUUUUUUCUGUUAGAAUAUAUAUUAAAAUGUCUUUCUUAGAUCA